AUGUCGGCCACAACAGCAAGCAAGCCAGCAUUGUCGGGCACGCCCCGUCGCGAGGCUGCAUCCAAGACCGCCUCUUCAUCGCCCGCAGCUGCCAACCGAACCCCCGCAAAGUCGUCGUCUACCCCGACCUCGAAUGGCGCGGGCGGCGUCGCUAGGACGCGCUCUGUCCGCUCUGGCACCAAUGGGGCACCCGUCUCCGCCCGUGCGGCUGUCAAAAAACCUACCGCCGCCUCGAACCUCAGCAAUGCCUCGCCCGCCGACACCACGGCCGACGACGCCCGCGAAGAGCAGGCUGCCUAUCUGCAGGACCUCAAGGACCGUCUGCAAAAGGCAGAGUCCGAGGCAGAGGAGCGCCAGAAGCUGGUCGAGGUGCUCAACGCCCGCCUCGACGAAUCACUGGCCGAGCAGGCCAAGCUGGAAGAGCGGGCCCACGAAGAGGAGGAAAAGGUCGAGUCGCUCGAGAACGUGAAGCGGGAAUUGACGCGCCAACACCGUGAGCUCGAGAGCAUCUACGAAGCGGAGCACACGCAGGCUAUGAAGGACAAGGAGGAGAGGCAAGCGCGCGAGGAAGAGCUGCAAAACACGAUCCAGCGCCUCAAAGAGACCAUGGCCACCAAGAAUGUCCUCGUGUCCGAGGAUGAGGACACACCUGUGUCACGGGCAUCAAGUUUCCGCAACAACCCCUCACGCUCCAACUCGUCGCAGAACCUCGAGAACUUUGCCCCGCCUUCGUCGAUCCAGCGCAGCAACUCGCGCAACAACUCCAAGCUCAUCAACCAAAAGGACAAGAUCAUCGAGGACCUUCGCCUCGAGCUUGCAGAGUACCAUGUCAAGGUGCUCGAGGUGGAGAACGCCGGUGGUGGCCGCUUGCGUGAGCUGGAGAAGCAGCUACUCGAGACACGCAAGACCAAUGCCCGGCUCAUGGAAGACAACGAAAGCUUCCAAUUACUACUGGGUGAGAAGACUCUCAAUGGCGAUCUUAGCCGUGGCGAGUUCUUGAGAGAAUCUUCGCAGGCCGAGGAGCGCGCUCCGUCACGCAAUGGCCCUUCGACCAGCUUGGCUGACGAGUUGCAAUCGGUUGCAGAGGCCGAUGUCGAAGUCGUGCGCAGGCUCGAAGGCGAAGUGAAUACGCUGAGGGCAGAGAACAAGGCCCUGACACUGUACAUCAACAAGAUCAUCAGUCGCCUGCUCACCCACAAAGGCUUCGAGUCGGUACUGGGCACCGAUUUAGAUGCAGAAGGCUCGAGCAUGCCAGACAAGAAUAAGGAGCUCCCUCCUCCCCCACAAGAGACGGAGCAACCACAAGGCUUCCUCCAGCGCGCCAAAUCUGUCGCCAUGGGCAACAACCGCAACAAGCCUCGACCGCUAAGCAUGAUGGGCCCGCCCCCCCAACCCAUUGCCAAUGCCACCCAACACAACGCCCACGAAGACCCCGCCACUGCCCCCAGUAUCCCCCUCACGCGCACACAAUCCGGCCGUCAUCCAAGCGGCAGCUACACGCACCGCCGCUCAACAUCCGAGGUCGGGGCUGCAGGCGCAGCAAACAGCAUGUUCCGCACCCCCAGCACCACCUCUCCGAACCCCACAUCCCCCGGCAUCAUCUCGCCCCGCAACUCCUUCUUCGGCCUCCCCGUGGCCGGCGUCAACGGCGUAAGCAACCCGACAUCGCGCGCGCCGUCUGGCCAAGGCCCCAUUCCCGAAGACAAGGAAGUCGACUCGAGCACCAUUUCCUCGUCUGCCAGCCACGUCGACACGCCCAGCCCCCCGCGCCGCCUCGAACGCAGCGAAACGAGCAGCGGGCCCAUGACGGGCAAGGGCAUGCGGCCGCUCCGCCUGGUGCAGAAUGAAGAGGAGGCGAUGAAGGCGCGCAAGGCGGCGAAUCGGGCCAGUUGGUUUGGAGGCCUGUUUGGACAGACGCCGCCGCAGCAACAACAACAGCAGCAACAGGCGGAUAACAACGGACAGUAG